AUGAGGGAGAUCUUGCACAUCCAGGGCGGCCAAUGCGGCAACCAGAUCGGCGCCAAGUUCUGGGAAGUGAUCUGCGAUGAGCACGGCGUCGACAGCACCGGGAGAUACAGCGGCGACUCCGAUCUCCAGCUCGAGCGCAUCAACGUCUACUACAACGAGGCCAGCGGCGGGAGGUACGUCCCACGCGCCGUCCUCAUGGACCUCGAGCCGGGGACCAUGGACUCCGUCAGAUCCGGUCCGUUCGGGCAGAUCUUCAGGCCUGACAAUUUCGUGUUCGGGCAGUCCGGCGCCGGGAAUAAUUGGGCCAAGGGGCAUUAUACGGAGGGAGCUGAGUUGAUCGAUUCCGUGCUCGAUGUUGUUCGCAAGGAGGCCGAGAACUGUGACUGUUUGCAAGGAUUUCAAGUCUGUCACUCUUUGGGUGGGGGCACUGGAUCUGGUAUGGGCACCCUUCUAAUUUCCAAGAUCAGAGAGGAGUAUCCAGACCGCAUGAUGUUGACAUUUUCAGUCUUCCCCUCGCCCAAGGUGUCCGACACCGUUGUCGAGCCGUACAAUGCCACUCUCUCUGUCCAUCAGCUAGUCGAGAAUGCCGACGAGUGCAUGGUUCUCGAUAAUGAGGCUCUCUAUGACAUCUGCUUCCGUACUCUCAAGCUUGCUACUCCUACCUUUGGUGACCUCAACCACCUGAUCUCUGCCACCAUGAGCGGUGUCACAUGCUGCCUCCGGUUCCCCGGUCAGCUGAACUCCGAUCUCCGGAAGCUUGCGGUCAACCUCAUCCCCUUCCCCCGCCUCCACUUCUUCAUGGUCGGGUUCGCCCCCCUCACCUCACGAGGCUCCCAGCAGUAUCGGGCCCUCACGGUCCCUGAGCUAACUCAGCAGAUGUGGGACGCCAAGAACAUGAUGUGUGCUGCCGACCCUCGACACGGCCGCUACCUGACCGCCUCGGCCAUGUUCCGCGGCAAGAUGAGCACGAAAGAGGUCGAUGAGCAGAUGAUCAACGUGCAGAACAAGAACUCGUCCUACUUUGUCGAGUGGAUCCCGAACAACGUGAAGUCGAGCGUUUGCGACAUCCCUCCAAAGGGUUUGAAGAUGGCUUCGACUUUUAUCGGGAACUCGACUUCCAUUCAGGAGAUGUUCCGGCGGGUGAGCGAGCAGUUCACGGCCAUGUUCAGGCGCAAGGCUUUCUUGCAUUGGUACACGGGCGAAGGUAUGGACGAGAUGGAGUUCACGGAAGCCGAGAGCAACAUGAAUGAUCUGGUGGCUGAGUACCAGCAGUACCAGGAUGCCACGGCCGAUGACGAUGAGUAUGAAGAAGAAGAAGAGGAAGAGGAUGUUAAUGCUUGA